AUGGUAUGGAAUGGGAGCACAUUUAAUCCCAUGCAUGCUUCUGCAUGGUCAAACCAACUUCUUUUGGAAUACCAACGUCUGCAUCCAAUUAAGGAAGCAAGGCAGCCUAGGAGAAGGGAGAAAACAAAGUGGGUCUUCCCUCCCAGAGGCAGGCUCAAGUUGAAUAUUGACGGGUCAUUCCAGCGAGAUGGGGACCGAGGUGGCAUAGGUGUUGUUGUGCGGGAUUCCAGUGGUAAAGUUCAUGCCACAUGGUCCAGGCUUCUACCAAAUGCAGGUUCUGCAUUUCAAUGUGAAGUUGAGGCCUGUAGGGCAGCUUUACUCCUAGCUAUACACCAAGGAUGGCGAGAGAUCGAAGUUGAGAGUGACUCGUCGGUUUUAGUAAAUGCUAUGAAUUACCAAGGAGAGGACAACUCAGAGGUUAGUCGAAUUAUCGAUGAUUGCAAAGAUUAUGUACAUGCUUUUGAUGCUAUUGUAAUUCGACAUAUCUUUAGAGAAGCAAAUAGUGUGGCGGAUAGACUUGCCCACUUUGCUAGCUUAGGUCAGGUUACUGAUCUAUAUUUAGGGGAGGCUCCUGAUUACUUACAGGAUGUCCUCUAUGAAGACUUUUGUAAAGCUUCUACAUGCAAAUGCUCGGGGUACAGGAGAAUGCAAUUGUGUGUAUAUUAUUGA